AUGACACAUUUAAUAUCCAAGAUUGAAGCGCUUUUAUUAGAAGAGCCAUUAGACAGUCUUUGUGGCGCAUCCGCAGUUUACCUAACGAUUGAAAACAAUAUUUUGCCUUCUCUUAAGUACGUAAGAGGAGCGAUAGACCGUGCAGUAAAUUCAUCUCUGUUGAAAAUGGAUGAUGUUGAACGAAAAACCAAAGUCUUUGAAGUAUUAUCCCAGGUUGGUAAAAAAUCAGAUUCUGCGAUAUCAAUAUUUAAUGAUGAAUCUAUGGCGGAUGCAAAUUUUUAUGGGGCACUCAAGCAAAUUCUCAUGAAUACUCGUCCUUCAAGUCUUACAUGGAAAGAUCCGGAAGCUAGUAUGGUUCUUAGUGAUACUUCAGACAUUGUGAAAAAUUUGGGUCGUAGACAAAGGAGUACUUUUUUAGAACCUAAGGAGAAUAUGAAAUGUGUUGUGCAGGAAUCAGUUAUAAGAAAAUGUGAUGAAUUUUAUGGAUUCGCCAUAGAAGUACAAGGUAAACAGCACGAGCAACAUAUAAAAUAUUUUCACAAAAAUGAGGAAGACUUUGAGAAGCAAUUAAUGCGUGAUCAGAUCAAAAAAGAACUCUGCGAAGAAAAUUGGGUUGUUCUAAGAUAUGUUUGGUAUUAUGAGGAUCCAUAUCUAGUCAUUCCAGAUCAUCUUCGAGAGCUAGGACUCAUUGAAUAA